CUAUACACAUACGUAUUCCGUUAUAGCAUAUGUCAGUACAUAUAAAGUACAAUGUGAUUACUACUUAAAUAAGAGCAAAUUAUUUUAAAUAGUUAAUAACAAAUACUCACAAAAUGACAUUUAGUUAAUGAACGGAUGAAUAUCGAUCUAAAAUAAUAAAGCCAAUCAUCUAAACUACAAUAUUCAUCUAAAUCAUUGAAUUAUAGUAUUAAAAUAAUAAUUAAAUAAUAAAUGACAAAGUGUAAAUGAUAAAAGUGUUAAGAUGUCUUUAACAUUUCAACAAAUAAUUUGUGAUGCUAAAAAGCUUGUUGGUCGAAUAUCUGAUCAUGAAAAUACAGCAGAUAACCUAAUCACUGAAAUUCAAUCGGUCUGUAGCCAAAUUGAUAAUAUGAAGCAAUACCAGGAAGAAGUAGAAGUUUUGAAUGCUGAAGCAAAACAAAAACCUCGAGAGCAACUAAUUGCUGGUAUUCAACAAGAGACUAAGUACUUACGAGAACUUCAAGCUGAAAACAAAGAAUUGAGAAAUGCUCUUGAAGAGCAUCAAAGUGCUUUAGAGUUAAUAAUGUCUAAAUAUCGUCAACAAACUGCUACGCUCAUUAAAAGUAGUAAAACUGAUUUUUCUUCGCUUCAUAAUGCUAAGCAUGCUAAUAUAAUUACAAGUCAAGCAGAAAAAAUUCAUGAAAUGGCAACAGUAAUGAGGGUAGCUGCUUCUUUAGACGAAGAAAACGAACUUAAGUUUAAAGAAAAUUAUUCAAAGCUCAAAACGGAAAAUAGUGUUCUUCGUGAAGUUGUAAAUAUGGCUAACAAAUACGGCUCUCUACAUCACAGACCUCCAUGUAAUGAUAAGAGUGUACAGACUGAGUUUGAGUGAUUAAAGAAAGCUUUUUCUCUUCUUA